AUGACAAGUCCAGCAGUAAGUAGUAACAUACCAGCCGACUUGUCCCGAAUCCGGGACAAUCAGAGGAAGUCUCGGGCUCGCAGGAAAGAGUACUUUCAGGAACUGGAGCAACGACUGCGAGUCUACGAGCUCCAAGGUAUCGAAGCCUCUGCAGAAGUUCAAAAGUCCGCCAGAAAAGUCUUUGACAAGAACAAGCAACUGAGAGAACUCCUCAACAAACAUGGAGUCACUGAUGCAUACAUUUUGCAAUAUCUACAACGUCCCACAGUCAGCACUCCCGAGUCUAGCCUAGACCAAAUGAUGCAGGCAGGAGCCGGAGAAGUGGCCACACAGUUGCAGCAGCAGCUAAUGUUACCUAAACAAGCGGCGUAUCUUGAGAAAAGCAUUCUAUUUGAAGGACCCAGACAAUCAAACCACUCGAUAUCAGUUAUCUCUACAACGCACUCGCCAGGCUGGGAGCCAUCACAGUCGACCAUGGCCUAUAGCCACCACGCGCAACAACUUGGCGUAUGCCCACCAGAACGUCACCAUUACUCUCCAUCGGUCUUUCUUACGCAGCCAGCCCCCACCCAAUUGAAUCCGUUCCAAAGUUCUUGUCCAGGACACAUGACGAGCGACUCUUCGCAUGGCUUAGCAAAAAGCGAGCCAAUGCCCGGGGAUAGUCGUCCAGCGGUGAAUAACAAGUCUCCAAUGGACCCGUGUAAGGAUCUUGGGAACUAG